AUGGCAAUGGCAGCGAAUAAGCAUGGGCUUAACUUCUCAUAUCAAACCUUCUGCGACUAUCUCCCCCGAAUAACCGGUGCUUCCUCUUCGCCGACAAACGCAGAGAAUAUCAACCCCCUGAUCAAGCGGAUUCUCGGAUGCUAUCCAGACUCUACUAUCUACGGGGCAGGAGGCCAUUCAGCCCUGCUAUCGAUAUGUGACAGCUUAUGCGUCAAAGUCUCCUACAAGCCUGGUGGUGAGCAUAUCAUCCAUGAACAGCAAAUAUUCAGACAGCUGGAAUCUGUCCCAUGCUCGUCUAUAGCCCACGCAUUUUACUGUGCUCCAGAUCUCAUCUUCAUGGAGCUAUACAAGAACGGUACACUUCACGAGCGGCUGAAUUCGAACAAGGCGCCUCGCCCGGUACUUCAAUGGAUGCAGCAGCUCUCGGAGGCAGUGGCUUGUCUGGAAGCCCUCGGUUAUGCCCACGGGGAUUUGAAUCCCCGAAACAUCAUGUUUACGGAAGACGACCAUCUCAGACUCGUUGACUUUGACCAUUCGCUCAAACUCGGCGAAGACUUGGAAGUUGGAGACUACCCUUAG